AAGGGAAAGAGGUCUUUUGACAGGUACCGUCUCUCAUUUCCCUCCCCGUCCGGUGACAUCAGUGACUAACAGAUCAUACAGUGUGCAACCACGUGAGUGUGUACGUUGUAAAGUGAUCUUUGACUAUAUACACUCCAAAGCUCAUGCAUGGCCACAGGAUAGAUGACCCUGUAAUGUGGGGAGUGCUGCCAACGCGCUAUGCCUUCAACCCAGCCAACAUGAGAUGGGGCCUGGGAGCCCACGACAUAUGCUUCAAGAACAAGUGAGCCUUCACCUUUCGUCCCACCACUCAGCCCGUGCCCAUGCUCAUGUCUACCAUAGAGCCCUGGCAACCUUCUUCAGCCUGGGCCAAGUUCUACCGACUCAUCGGUUCCUAUACUCUCGGCACGGAGGUGCCUUUCAGUCAACAAUCCCGCAGGCAAUCCGGUUGCUUUCGGCACAACCUUUUGCGGGUGCUCAGCCGGGCUCUUCUUCACCACCAUUGAUCUCGUCGCCCGCCGAUGAGAUACCAGACCCGUUCACGACAGGUGGUCUGACCUUUACCACUACCGGGACCGACUCGUUUACUGCUCCCUCGGCGUAUGCACAAAACCGGAUGGCCUGGUUGCACGUCUUCCCAGAAGGGUGUACACACCAACACCCAGAUUUGACACUUCGCUACUUCAAAUGGGGUACGGCGCGUCUGAUCCUCGAGUCAGAUCCUAUGCCUGAUGUGCUGCCCAUUUUCAUCGAUGGAACGCAGCACAUGAUGCCCGAGAACAGGACGUUUCCGCGCUUCUUGCCCAGAGUUAACAAGACACUACGUGUGUCGUUUGGCGAACUCGUCGACCGAGAAGCCACAUUCGGCGAUCUCCGGAAGAAAUGGCAGGAGCUCGUGCGCAAGGAGACAAAGGAUGGCAAGGCAUUGGCCAUGGGCGAGCUUACAGAUGAGCUCAAGUAUGGGCGCGAGGCUGUCGAGUUGCGGAUAGAGGUGGCAAGGCGAGUAAGAGACCAGAUCGAGAAGCUCAGGGUUGGUGCCGGACAUGCAGAGGGCGAUGCGAAACUCGGUCUCGCCGAGACGUGGGCGAAAGAACCACCGACGGAAGCGUUCCCGAGCAGCGUCGAUGGCAGCCUGGUGAGGAAGGAGUAAUCGAGGCCAAUUAUGUGUUGCGGAGGAAGGGGGAGGGGCCUGAUCAUUGCGAGUUGGGCGGGAAGGUUGCUUGUAAGCAUCCAGGCAGUCGUGUUGUGCGAGCAUGCAUUCCAGUUGUAGAGCUUCCUGAGAUAUCCACAAGCCGGCGUGUUGUACAAAUUACAUGUGAUUACAAUGUAUAAAUAUCAAACGUUACUUCAAAGGCACA